AUGGAUCUAUCAGGAUUCAGCAAGUCUCGCCCAGCCAAUCUCAACUCUUAUCGAGCAUCACCACGUAGCGUCCAUGAACAUUCAUACCUCAACGAGUUUCCAGCCAUCCAGUGGACCAUGACAUCACCACCAGAGACGCCGCUGGGGGAAGGAUGCAUCGCUGUCAAGGUUAUAGAUUCCGACCGCACGCCUUCAAUUCCUCCAUCGACUGAGACCAACGUCACAGAAGCGACUUCAAGCCAAGUUGUAGGGCAUCAGGUCGUUGGCAGUAAUUACAUGCCGCAGUUCACCUCGGCAGCUGCGUUCAUUCUAAGCCGGAUUCGAGACAACAGUGACAACCUGGGGCCGACCAAAGGGAGCUCAUCACAUAUGCCCAAUGAGCUUGGCUGCAACAAGGGGAAAGUGAAGCCCGCGGAUUCAUGGACAAUGUCGUUGCCUAAUAGCUCAGCUCUGUCCUCACCUCUUGCCUCGAUGACGCAGCAGGAACAGAUAGCCUCCGUCUCGUUCAGCUUAAAACGCAAGCACGACCCCGAUUCUGACCCCCCGGACUUUACACAAAGUACAAUAGCAUGCCCAAAAUCGAUGCUCAGCAACUCCAACUCCAAAAUAUUUGCAUCUCCUCGGCUGUUCUCAACUGCAGAGCGCAGCACAUCAAAGACUGCAUUGGAAAGUCUCCCAUCGACAAUAGGCUUUCCAGGUCAAACCGCAGUUGACGAUAUAAGGGAGAACGCACUUUCAGCUUUUAGCGAUGGAAUUUCUCCUGCAAAAUCAGACUUGGUGGGAUUUUAUGCUGGACAGUCCUCCGAUGUAGCCCGCACACAAUAUUUCCUGAGGAAGGAAAGAACGGAUUUACUGGAUAUUCUUUCAUUCUGUGAUCAGAUUAAACCCCAGCUUCUUGCUGAUAUCCUGGUGUCUGUGUCGAGAAAGCAUCCAGACUUGCCGAUUUUCGAUUCUCCGGACUGGGAGAGGUCUAUCCCCCGUUCUCUAGACGUCCAGAUUGCUGCGGCAGCUCGUGGUGCUCGUCCAGCUGGAAGACGUAGACAUGGCCAUGCUGUACUUAAUCCAAAAUCACGACAGAGGCAGAAAAACGCAAAGAAAGCGCUGAAGCGUCUCAUAAUGGCACAACAUGAGGUCGACACACCAGAAGAUGAGGACGUCGAGGGAGACGCGCUACCGCCUACCUGGCCCAGAGCUGGGCAAGGCUUGUACUCCAAACUCCCUCCAGAAACCAAAGACCGGGCUUUCCUAACUGACGACAAUGAUGACGAAUCGUUUAGCCACUUUAUGCUGGACAAUCUUGGAAAGCCGAUGGUUGUGUCAACGUGUGCGUGA